AUGUGGGCUCUAGCUAAGGAAGAGAGCGACCAAAGGGAGAACUUGUUUCAUGCACGUUGUAAAAUUGUGGAUAAGGUGUGCUCCUUAAUCAUUGAUGGUGGAAGUUGUACGAAUGCCGUUAGCCAAUAUUUAGUUGAAAGUAUGAAAUUCCCCACCCGCAAGCAUACUAAUCCCUACAAACUCCAAUGGUUUAAUGAAUGUGGGGAAAUGAGGGUCAACAAGCAAGCCAUUAUCAAAUUUAGCAUUGGCAAGUACGAAGAUGAGAUUUUGUGUGAUGUGGUACCCAUGCAAGCUUGCCAUCUAUUGUUUGGAAGACCUUGGAAAUUUGAUGUUGAUGCCCAACAUAGUGGGAGAACUAACAAGUACUCAUUUGUGGUCAAAGGGAAGAAGUACAUUCUUAACCCACUAACCCCUUACCAAGUGAGUGAGGAUUAUAGAGUGAUGAGGGAGCUUCGGGAGAAGUAUCAAAGGGAAGAAAAGGAGAAGGGCGAGAAAGAGACUUUGUUGGUCAUGAGUGGAGAGGGGACAUCUCAAGAUGGUUCCAAGAAAUGUUUGUUGGCCAAACCAAGUAAUUUCUUAAAAGGGGUUGACGAGAGACACUUCAUGGUGUGUAUUCUCAACAAAGAUCUUCUCCUAAAUUCUAACCAAGCUACUAGCACUUUGCCUAGUAGUAUGUCUUCUCUUUUGCAGGAAUAUGAAGCCUUAUUUCCGGAGGAAAUGCCUGAUGGCUUACCUCCUUUGAGAGGUAUUGAGCACCAAAUCAACUUUGUACCGGGUUCCCAAAUUCCCAACAAACCGGCUUAUAGGAGCAAUCCGGGAGAAACAAAAGAAUUGCAAAGGCAAGUGGAUGAGCUUCUUUAA